AUGGAUGAGGAUUUUGAUAUUCCACCGGCGGAGGGGAUGGAUGAGGACAUGGAUCUGCCGGAAGACAGUCCGGUUGUGAAGGUCGGAGAGGAAAAGGAGAUCGGCAAGGAAGGAUUGAAGAAGAAGCUUGUCAAGGAAGGUGAAGGUUGGGACACUCCUGAUAAUGGCGAUGAAGUUGAAGUUCAUUACACUGGGACUUUGCUUGAUGGAACUCAGUUCGAUUCAAGUCGCGAUCGGGGAACUCCGUUCAAGUUCACUCUAGGCCAAGGACAAGUAAUCAAGGGAUGGGACCAGGGUAUCAAGACAAUGAAGAAAGGUGAAAAUGCCAUAUUCACCAUCCCUCCUGAGCUGGCUUAUGGGGAGUCUGGUUCUCCUCCAACCAUUCCUCCCAAUGCCACCCUCCAGUUUGAUGUGGAGUUGCUGUCUUGGGUAAGUGUUAAGGACAUCUGCAAGGAUGGUGGAAUAUUCAAGAAGAUACUGACUGAGGGGGAGAAAUGGGAAAAUCCUAAGGACCUUGAUGAAGUGUUCGUCAAGUAUGAAGCUAAGCUUGAGGAUGGAACCUUGAUUGCAAAAUCAGAAGGGCUGGAGUUCACUGUUCAGGAUGGUCAUUUCUGUCCUGCUCUGGCUAAGGCUGUGAAAACAAUGAAGAAAGGAGAAAAGGUCCUUCUCACAGUUAAGCCACAUUAUGGGUUUGGGGAGAAGGGCAAGCCAGCUUCUGGUGAUGAAGGUGCAGUCCCACCAAAUGCUACAUUGCAGAUUGCUCUUGAGCUAGUAUCAUGGAAGACUGUGUCAAACGUAACGGAUGACAAGAAAGUUCUUAAGAAGAUCCUGAAUGAAGGCGAGGGAUAUGAACGACCAAAUGAAGGAGCUGUUGUCAAAUUGAAAUUGAUUGGCAAGCUACAAGAUGGUACAGUUUUCAUUAAGAAGGGUUAUGAUAAUGAUGAAGAGCUUUUUGAGUUUAAGACAGAUGAAGAACAAGUCAUAGAUGGGCUUGAUAGAGCUGUGAUGACAAUGAAGAAGGGGGAAGUAGCGCUGCUCACGAUCGCACCUGAAUAUGCCUUUGGUUUAUCCGAGUCAAAACAGGAGUUGGCUGUAGUUCCCCCCAACUCCUCCUUGUGCUAUGAGGUCGAGCUUGUGUCCUUUGUGAAGGAAAAGGAAUCAUGGGAUAUGAACACACAAGAGAAAAUUGAGGCUGCUGGCAAAAAGAAGGAAGAGGGAAAUACACUGUUCAAGGCGGGUAAAUACGCGAAGGCCUCCAAGAGAUAUGAGAAGGCUGCUAAAUACAUUGAGUAUGAUACCUCCUUCAGUGAGGAAGAAAAGCAGCUGUCCAAAGCAUUGAAGAUCACUUGCAAUCUUAACAAUGCAGCUUGCAAACUGAAGUUAAAAGAUUACAAGGAGGCAGGGAAGCUGUGCACAAAGGUGUUGGAAAUUGAGAGCACUAAUGUCAAGGCACUUUACCGGAGAGCUCAAGCCUAUAUGAACCUAGCUGAUUUGGAUUUGGCUGAGCUGGAUAUCAAGAAAGCACUUGAAAUUGAUCCUAACAACAGGGAUGUGAAGCAGGAAUAUAAAGCCUUGAAGGAAAAGGUAAAGGAGUACAACAAGAAGGAUGCUAAAUUUUAUGGAAACAUGUUUGCCAAGUUGAACAAGGUUGAGUCCAAUAAAGCUAGUGCCAAGGAAGCAGAACCCAUGAGCAUUGACAGCAAGGCGUAA